AUGGCUGCUCUCCAUGCUUCAAGGCAGCCGCCGAUGCAAUGGAUCCCGCUGGACAGACGCAUGGUACCAAUCCGAAACCUGGAGUACAAUCCAGCUCACCCUGACCAAGGAGGAACCAAUAUCCCCGAAGACAUUUCGGAAAGGAUCACGAAUGCCGGCAACAAUGCUUACCUCAAUGCGAAGCGGCGCUCCGAGAUGCUGGCAGUGUCAAGAUUCUACUUCGAUCGAGCUAUCGACGGCCACCUCCGGUCUCUUGCGGAACUGACUGUCGAGAACAUCGAGGCGGUCUAUGUUGCAGCAACUCUAGCGAUGUUCCAUGCGGUUUUUGUGCUGAGCGAAAGCGACGAAGACUCCACACUUCCCUCAGUUGACGCUUUACAGUGGAUGCGGCUUGGCAAAGGCGCUCGAUGGAUCUGCGAACGAUGGGCUGCGCUGGUUGGUCCUGAUUGGAUCACAUCUUCAGGAGUCUUCUACGAGAAGCCAGGGAUGAUAGACGAGACAGCACUCUUCAAUACUGAGCACGGCAGGCCUUUCCUAAAACUUCUUACCUACGCCCAGGACUUUGAGACCAUUACAGCAGAAGACCGCAAAGUGUACCGCGAAGCGAUCAGCUACGCCGGAUCGAUCUACACGGGCAUCAUGGAGCACACCGAAGACGAGAUGAUAGCUUCCCGGCGGCUGAUGGGCACGCCUGCGAGCAACGACCCUCGCUUUGCGGAUUUUGUCGAAGCAAAGCAGCCCCGGGCUAUGGCCAUCCUCGCGCAUGUCUACGCCUGCAUGAAACUCAUUGCUGAGAAGAUACCUUGGUUCAACGGGAUUGCGGAGAGGCAAAUACCGAAGAUCUAUGAAGAGUUGCCGGUUGGAUGGAAACCGAUGCUGGCCUGGCCUCUUGCCAUCAUGAAUGGCGAGAUCGAUAGAGAGCCGACGGAGACGCAAAUCGACGAUGUCUUGGCAUUCUGA